CCGUGCCGGGCGGCGGGGCGGGCGCAGUGCGCCGGGUGCGAUCGCGGCGGGAGGCGCUCGGCAGCCGCUGCCCCGCGGCGCUCAGCGCCGGCUCCGCGCUGGCUCUGCAGAAUCAUGGACUGUGCUGAUAUGCCGUGCUUGCUGUCAAGACACCAUGGUUCCUGGUAACCGAAUGCUGAUGGUCAUCCUACUAUGCCAAGUCCUACUAGGAGGUACCAACCAUGCUAGCCUGAUACCGGAGACCGGUAGGAAGAAAGUCGCAGAGCUUCAGGGACAAUCCGGAUCCGGACGCCGCUCUGCCCAAAGCCAUGAACUCUUGCGGGGUUUCGAAACGACUCUGCUGCAGAUGUUUGGGCUGCGAAGGCGGCCUCAGCCCAGCAAGUCAGCCGUCAUUCCUAGUUACAUGCUGGAUCUCUAUCGACUCCAGUCUGGAGAAGAGGAGGAAAGCCUCCAGGAGAUUAGCCUGCAGUACCCUGAGCGAUCGACCAGCCGGGCAAACACCGUGAGGAGCUUCCACCAUGAAGAGCACCUGGAGAGCAUCCCAGGUCCCAGCGAGGCACCCCGGAUCCGCUUUGUCUUCAACCUCAGCAGCGUGCCGGAAAACGAGGUGAUCUCCUCGGCAGAGCUGCGGCUGUACCGGGAGCAGGUGGAGGAGCCGAGCACGGCGUGGGAGAGGGGCUUCCACCGGAUAAACAUUUAUGAAGUGAUGAAGCCGUUGUCGGAGCACGCUCAGGCCAUUACACGCCUGUUGGACACGCGUCUGGUGCACCACAACGUGACGCGCUGGGAGACCUUUGAUGUGAGCCCAGCCGUGAUCCGGUGGACCAAAGACAAGCAACCGAACCACGGGCUGGUGAUCGAGGUGACCCACCUCCACCACGCACAGACUCAUCAGGGCAAACACGUCAGGAUUAGCCGAUCUUUACCUCAAGGGCGCGGGGACUGGGCUCAGCUCAGGCCGCUCCUGGUCACUUUUGGGCACGACGGGCGAGGCCACGCGCUGACCCGCAGAGCCCGGCGGAGCCCCAAGCACCAGCGUUCCCGCAAGAACAAAAAAAACUGCCGCCGCCAUGCCCUCUAUGUGGAUUUCAGCGACGUGGGCUGGAACGACUGGAUCGUGGCACCCCCGGGGUACCAGGCGUUUUACUGCCACGGGGACUGCCCCUUCCCUCUGGCCGACCACCUCAACUCCACGAACCACGCCAUCGUGCAGACGCUGGUGAACUCUGUGAACUCCAGCAUUCCCAAGGCCUGCUGCGUGCCCACGGAGCUGAGCGCCAUCUCCAUGCUCUACCUGGAUGAGUAUGACAAGGUGGUCCUGAAAAACUACCAGGAGAUGGUGGUGGAGGGGUGCGGGUGCCGCUGACCCCCUUCCUUGCUGCCCUCUCCUCCCCUUCUCUCCCCCUCCUGUCCCACCCCAGAACUGCUUGCUAUAGCUGGACUCUUCUCUAAACUAAACGUUCACCUUGACCUUAUUUAUGACUUUAUGUGCAAAUGUUUUUGACAAUAAUGAUCAUAUAUUUUGACAAAAUAUAUUUAUAACUACGUAUUAAAAGAAAAAAA